AUGUGUCAAAUCGAGGUUCUUGCUCGCGCGGUCAGCGCACAGACGGAGAUUCUGACCAAGUCAUGGCAUGCGAACGAAUUUCACGGGCUCGCAUCACCCGAAGGUCGGCGCACCACCAUCCCCCCUCUUGAUGAGACGGGCGAGGAGGCGAGAAAUCAACUCAUUACGACUUUGAGAGAACUGGAGCAGCUUGUCCUUGGGCCCAAGGAUACCAUGCAGACUCUCUAUUACAAGAGUGCCGAAGCGGGAGUAGUGCAGGCUCUUUGCAGCCUGCAAGUUCCAAGAUAUGUUCCUUUGGAGGGAUCGAUCUCUUACGCCGAUUUGUCGGCGAAAGUUGGCGUUUCGGCGGACCGUCUCAAACAUCUUGUUCGGAUUGCCGCCGUGUGCUCCAACUAUCUUGCCGAAACCGAGACAGGAGAAGUUAAACACAGCAACAAUUCGAUCAUCUGGCAACUGGACCCUUUGAUGGCGAACGGCAUGGAAGUGAUGCUUGAUCAUCUACCGAGUGCAUCGUUCCGACUGGGUGACGUGUGCACUGAGGAUCCGACUGACGAGAAGGAGGCCGUGUGCGGCUUCAGCCUGGCACGCAACCAGCCACUUUAUGAAUACCUGGAGAGCAAUCCUGACCAAGGUCGCCGAUUUGCAGCACAUAUGCGCGCUCAAGCCGCGCAGCAAGGUGACGCGGCGAUUCAGGGGUGCUAUGACUGGCACUCGCUCCAAGGGAAGACGUUGGUUGAUUGUGGUGGCUCGUUUGGCUCUGUGGCUACUGCGAUUGUGCGCAAAGAACCUGGUAUCCGAUGCGUCGUGCAGGAUCUUCCGAAAGUGGUCAACUCGGCCGUCACCGCUACGCUCAAGGACCCUAACUUCCCGCACGAGUCGGUCAGUUUCCAGGCACAUUCGUUUCUGGAACCUCAGCCGACGGUGGCCGAUGUGUAUCUCUUCCGCAUGGUCUUCCACAAUUGGUGUGAUGCGGGGGCUCGUCGAAUUGUGCAAGCGCUGCGACCAGCACUGCGCCCUGGAGCCCGUGUGAUCUGUGUUGAAUAUGUAAUGCCGCCCAUGGGGUCGGGACCGAUUUACGCGGAGCUGGCCACGCGCAGACUGGACAAUGUCAUGUUCUCCCUCAUGAAAGGCAAGGUGCGGGAGUUGAGCGAGUUCAAGCAGCUCUUUGAAUCCGCCGAACCCAACCUGGUGUUCAAAAGCUUCAAGCCUGGCCAGUUGCGGGCGACCCACGACCCCAGGUGUCACUCUGUUCUGGAAUGGGUGUACGAGCCUAAAGGCACGGUGAACAAUGAGGGAGGGAUGGCUGAACAUCUUGAGAAUGUCUCGACUGCUUGA